GUCAUUCCCUUUUCACUUUAUGAUCUUCCUGCCUUCUGGUUUAUUCUCUAUUCUCCAGGUUUUAUGGAUUUGGCACAUAAGCUCCUGUUCACAGCUUUGGUCAUUUUUGCAGCAGCCAUAGAUGGGACACAAGCAGCUGCCAUGGUUUCUGGGGCGGUCUUCUGUGACCAAUGUAAAGAUGGCCAGAGAUCCGUCUUCGAUUAUCCCCUUUCCGGAAUGAAGGUCACGGUUACAUGUUCUGAUGGUAACGCACAAGUGACAAUGUCAAGGGAAGAGAAAACAAAUGCAUUUGGAACCUAUGUGAUACGAUUCGAUGGAACGCCGGACUUAAGUAACUGUAAUGCACAGGUUUCUGGCAGUGGAGAAGGGGCACACGAUUGUGGUGCAACCGCUGGUCCUGCCCAAAAACUGAGACUCAUGUUCAGGAUGUUUGGCACGGAGAUGUUUGGGGUGGAUUCUUUGCUUUCUGAGCCUGCUCAGCCCAUGUCAUUCUGCCCAAAGUCAUCCAACCCUGUGCCUGCACCUGUAGUAACACCUACAAGGCCUCCUGGACCAGCACCGCCUACGGGUUCUCCUCCGACUAUCAGGCUGCCGCCUUUGCCACGAUUGCCUCCACUGCCACCAUUGCCUCCGAUGCCACCGUUGCCCUUCUCCGAAGCAUCGGCUUGUUCACAUCAGUACUGGACAAUGCCGGAGUACAAAUGCUACUGGAGGGUACUGAACCCCGAGUCGAAGGUUUCUCUUAUUUUCGGGCCACUUGCCGCAAGGAGGUAUGGGGCCGAUAUGACCCUACGGGAAAGCCUCAAAGGGCGAGGUGACCCAUACAAGACACUGCUGAGGGAAGCCACAACAGCCCUUCUCAACUCCUAUAACAGCCUUCAAUUCCCAUACAAUUCAGUUGGUGUAGUCACACAUACGAAUUGGGCACUUAUGGGUUCAACCAGAGGCGUCCUCAUCACUGGUUUACGGUUCAUAAGGGCUAAUUCCGGCACCGGCGGAAUCACCUGCAAGUUAACCCCUUGCAAAUGAUCUUAUGUUGCCUGAUUUUAUUUGUAGGCUUGUCGUUUUAUAUUUGUUUCUAUAGUUUUAUGGCUUGUAUGCCAUUUUCUUAUCAUUAAUCAUGUCCAGAAGAGGGAAGGUCUUAUUUACCUAUGUUCUGAGAAUAAAAUUGGAGUCCCCAACUUCAUACGA